GGCGGAGUUUUGUCAGAUCUCGCCGUCGUACUCUUUUGGCGAUGGAAUCCAAUCCUCUCCUACUAUUUAGUCAACCAUUUCCAUAGCCUACUAAAAGAAUCAUCGCUUUUCAUUUCUUCACUCAACAAAAGCUUCCAUGGCUUCUCUAUCAGCUACUUACCCAAAAUACAAGUCCAAUUUUCCGGCAAGAUACGCCGAUCAAUUGUAUGAUUUAUGUCUUGUUCCAAGAAAUCAUUCACUCAUGAAAAAAGGGUCACCCGGAUAUUUGAGAAUCGUUCGAAGUUCUAAUCAAACUGAGUCAAUGAAAUUAACAGACAUUCCUUUACUGUCUUGUCUAGAGGCUAUUGAGAGGCUAAAACAGAACAGAGAGAACAACAGAGGGAAGCAGCAGUUCCUGGCUAUGUACUCUAGCAUAUUUGGUGGAAUAGUAACCGAUGAAGCAGCCAUGGUGAUCCCUAUGGAUGAUCAUAUGGUUCACAGGGGGCAUGGUGUCUUUGAUACUGCUGCAAUAAUGAAUGGACACCUCUAUGAAUUAGACCAGCAUGUUGAUCGAAUCUUAAGGUCAGCGACGAUGUCGAAAAUUGCUCUUCCCAUCGGUCGCGAGACUAUUAGAAGCAUUCUUAUACAAACUGUAAGUGCAUCUAGGUGCAUGAAUGGAUCAUUGAGAUACUGGAUUUCGGCUGGACCUGGUGACUUUCAACUAUCACCGUCUGGUUGUCACCAACCGGCUCUUUAUGCAGUUGUAAUCGAAGAUAAAUCUCCGUUCGAUUCGAGAGGCAUCAAAGUAGUUACUUCGUCGAUCCCCAUAAAGCCUCCUCAGUUUGCCACCGUGAAGAGUGUGAAUUACCUUCCGAAUGUGCUUUCAAAGAUGGAAGCUGAAGAACAAGGCGCAUUUGCAGCAAUUUGGUUGGAUACUGAUGGAUUCAUUGCCGAAGGACCGAACAUGAAUGUGGCAUUUGUUACAAAGAAAAAGGAGCUUCUAAUGCCCAGAUUCAACAAAAUUUUGAGUGGUUGCACGGCAAAGAGAGUUCUGACUCUAGCGGAGGAACUGGUGAGACAGGGGACGCUCCAUCGAAUAAGAGUCGAUAACGUGAGCGUAGAUGAAGGGAAGAGCGCAGAUGAAAUGAUGCUAAUCGGCAGUGGAAUCCUCGUUCGUCCCGUGAUACAGUGGGAUGGACAAGUCAUUGGCGACGGCAAGGAAGGUCCAAUAUCAAAAACUCUCUUGAAUUUUAUCCUAGAGGACAUGAAAUCCGGUCCUUCAUCGGUCCGAGUACCUGUUCCUUAUUGAGGCAAAGCUUCAUUCAUUAUCUUGCUAUAUAUAACAAGGUUUGAAUU